AUGGCAACCAACUCCAUUGCUUGCAGUAUCUUCAUCUUCUUCCUCAUCUGCAACAUCACAUUCUCCAAUGCUUGUGGUUCAUGCACACCCUCGAAACCACUACCACCAAAAGGCCCCCCCGCAAACCCCUUUUGUCCUCGUGACACUCUGAAGCUUGGAGUUUGCGCCGACGUUCUUGGUCUGGUCAAUGUAGUCGUUGGAUCUCCUGCAUCUAGCAAGUGUUGUGCGUUGCUUGAGGGUUUGGUUGAUCUUGAAGUUGCAGCUUGUCUUUGCACAGCCAUUAAAGCUAAUGUGUUGGGAAUCAACCUCAAUGUCCCAAUCUCUUUAAGCUUGUUACUUAGUGCAUGUGGCAAGACCGUUCCACCAGGGUUCAAAUGCGAAUGA